CCAUAGAUAAUCCAUUAUCUAUCGUCCUAAUCGCAACGUAACGAAUCAAUAAGGAAGUAAGAAACCAUGUCAAGCUGUGAAGGUCAAGAAACGCUGCUACGCCGACUGCACCCAUAAUCGAUUAGCCAUGGCGUCGGUACUGGGAACUUCCGCAACUGCAAUAUUGGCUUCACGGCCCUUUACUUCUCCGACCCCAAAGCCUUCCGUUUCCACUCUCACUUUAACACCAGUGCAGGGCAACGGGAGGAAAUUUUAUGGAGGGAUUGGGAUUCAUAGUAAGAGGGGUCGGUCUCAGUUCCAUGUUGCAAUUACAAAUGUUGCCACUGACAUCAACUCUGCUGAGCUGGCCCAGAAGCUUGCUGCAAAGGAAAGCCAGAGGCCAGUAUAUCCGUUUCCUGCUAUUGUUGGACAGGAUGAGAUGAAACUAUGCCUUCUGCUAAAUGUGAUUGAUCCUAAGAUUGGAGGGGUCAUGAUCAUGGGUGAUAGGGGAACUGGAAAAUCCACUACCGUUAGAUCUUUGGUGGAUCUGCUUCCUGAAAUCAAGGUGGUUGCUGGUGAUCCAUAUAAUUCAGAUCCAGAAGAUCCAGAAUCCAUGGGCAUGGAAGUCAGAGAAAGCAUUAUGAAAGGAGAGAAACUACCUACCGUGUUGGCCAAAAUCAACAUGGUUGAUUUGCCACUGGGUGCUACAGAAGAUAGGGUCUGUGGGACAAUUGACUUAGAGAAAGCCCUCACUGAGGGUGUCAAGGCAUUUGAGCCCGGUCUUCUGGCUAAAGCUAAUAGAGGAAUUCUCUAUGUGGAUGAAGUUAAUCUUUUGGAUGACCACUUGGUGGAUGUUUUAUUGGAUUCUGCUGCCUCAGGCUGGAACACAGUGGAGAGAGAGGGUAUUUCGAUUUCACAUCCUGCUCGAUUUAUUCUCAUUGGAUCAGGCAACCCGGAAGAAGGGGAGCUCAGGCCACAGCUGCUUGAUCGUUUUGGAAUGCAUGCACAAGUGGGGACUGUCAGGGAUGCAGAGCUGAGAGUGAAGAUUGUGGAGGAGAGAGCUCGAUUUGACAGAAACCCCAAGGAAUUCAGGCAUUCUUACAAGGCUGAGCAAGAAAAGCUUCAACGACAGAUUUCCUCAGCGAGAAGUUCUCUCUCCUCCGUUCAGAUUGAUCAUGAUCUCAAGGUGAAAAUAUCCAAGGUUUGCUCAGAACUGGAUGUUGAUGGGUUGAGAGGAGACAUUGUGACAAAUAGAGCUGCAAAAGCUCUAGCUUCUCUGAAGAGAAGAGAUAGGGUAACGGCGGAAGAUAUUGCUACUGUGAUUCCUAACUGCUUAAGACACCGCCUUCGGAAGGAUCCCUUGGAGUCCAUCGAUUCGGGUUUACUCGUCAUUGAAAAAUUCUAUGAGGUGUUUAGCUGAAGGAGUUUUUUUUUUUUUUUGGCUCGAGCAACUUAGUUUAGUUGUCUUUAAGUUCGGAAUUCUUUUCAUGAUAUUAAUUUUUCACAGUAGUAUCGGGGGCAUGAAGUUGAAGAAUCCAUUAUGUGUAGAGGUCCUUUUCUUACAAACGAGCUUGUGAUCAGAUUUGCCAAGCCAAGCCA